AUCUUUGUCGCACUACAGGCAAAUGUAAUCUGCUAUCUUAUUUUAUUACGAGUCAUAACAAUCAACAAAAAAUAUUAUCAAAUAAUAAAUUCUAUGGUAUUGGAAGUCGAGUUUGUCUUGAGACAAAUUAUUUAAAAAAUACAUAAAACAAGGACAUAUACUUAUUUCUCGAAAAUGGUUGUGCUAACCGGUGAAGACCCUGUGAAAAGUCGCGUUAUGAAAUUAAUGGACGAGAAAGAGAAGAUCGUGGCUGAAAUUUAUAAUCAAAGGGCGAUUUUGGAGGCCAACCAUGUGGGCAUGGAUGAGCCUUUGGUAGACGCUGAUGGGUUCCCGCGUAACGACAUAGACGUCUACAAAGUGCGACAUGCUCGGCACAGGAUUAUAUGUCUUCAAAAUGACCAUAAAAACAUAAUGAAGAAGAUUGAGAAAGGGCUUGAGGAGGUGCAUUCAAAUCUAAUUGCAAAUCCCAACGCUGCCCAGCCUGCACCCUCUAACAGACAUGAAGCCUCUAACGGACAAGCCAGCUCCUCAAAUGAAAAUAGUUCUAGUGUUCAAGAGAGUUUUGCUAUUGUGGGCUUAGUUGAUAAUGGAUCGCCUGCUGAUCUGGGUGGUUUGUGCACCAAAGAUGAGAUCCUGCAAUUUGGCUCCGUCACCCACAGCAACUUCACAGACAUCACUCAAAUCCAUAGUGUUGUUUCCCACUCGGUUGGUCAAAAUGUCAGUGUUAUUGUCAAAAGGCAACAACAUGUCAUCAACUUGACAGUUGUGCCCCAAGCCUGGUCUAAACCAGGUCUCCUCGGCUGUCAUAUCCAGAGGAAAAAUUAAGUGUCAACAAUAUAUUUGUUAUGGAAUCUUAAGGACUUAAAAAUACUGUGUUAACAUAAUAGUAAUUUUAAAAAUGUGAAAACUACUGUAAAUAAUGGUAAAAUAAAUCCGAAAGGUUUAACUAGUCUGCAGAAUUGGGAGUCAUUGGCCAUAAGAUUUAAUUGGAGAACAGUGUUUUGUUUUUGCUGCCACAAGCUUAACUUUGCGUUGUUUAACUAGGCCUUAAAAAGGUACCCAUAUAAUGUAUAAUGGUUUAUGAAUAAAAUAAUUUGUUAAACAGA